AUGUUGUCCAUUUUGCGCAAACGUAAAACAGACAAAAAAUCGGCCUCGAAUCCUACUGCUCCUGUCAGUACCAUUAAGACGAAAAAGAAAGCGAGAAACAAAAAACAGCGACAGGAAGUUAGUGAAAAGCAUAAGACCAUUGUUUUCGCGGCCACCUCUAAUUUAGAAAAGGCGAUUCAACGGACAAAGGAGAAGGUCGCAAUGAUCGCCCAAGAACACAGAGAACAAAAUCGUAAAUUUCGCGAUCGAGAAUUCGAUUUGUUUGUAAACCCUAUGGAUUGUCUUUACAGUCUUGCCAAAACACCCUAUAAUCACACCGGUGUUAGACGCGUAUCGAAGAUAUUUAAAAAUCCUCAAUUUUUCAUUGACGGAGUUGAGCCGAAUGAUAUUAAACAAGGAUCAAUUGGCGAUUGUUGGUUUGUGGCCUCGCUGGCGGUAAUCACAAACAUUCCAAAGUUAAUAGAAACCAUUUGUGUUGCAAGAGAUGAAGAUAUUGGAGUCUACGGAUUUAUAUUUUUUAAGGAUGGCGACUGGGUUUCGACUGUCAUUGAUGAUCAACUAUUUGUUAACGGGAAGGAUAGCAAAGAUUGUUGGAAAUUAACUUUCGCAGAAUGUUCCAAUGAGAAUGAAACGUGGCUGCCCUUGAUCGAAAAGGCUUACGCGAAAAUUCACGGAGAUUAUGAAAGCAUCAGUGGAGGUUAUAUUGGUCAAGGCAUCGAGGACUUAACGGGAGGAGUAUAUACGGCCAUCUUCAUAUCCGACAUCUUGGACAAGGAUAGGUUCUGGAACGAGGAGUUAAAAAAAGUCAAUGUCGAUGUGCUGUUCGCCUGUCACCGUUACACUGACAAUAAUAUAGAUUCCAAAGGAAUUAUGUCUAACCAUUCCUAUAGCAUUUUACGUGUUGCUGAGAUUGAAAAUGGCAUUAAAUUAAUAUUGAUUCGAAAUCCGUGGGGAAAGAGCGAAUGGACCGGCGCUUGGAGUGACGGUAGCAAGGAAUGGACUUCCGAACGUAUGAAACUUCUAAAUCAUCGGUUUGGAGAUGAUGGUGCAUUCUGGAUGACCUAUGAAGAUUUCUUAGAAUAUUGGGAUGAGAUUGAUAAGUGUAGAUUAUUUAAUUCCAGUUGGACGGUCUAUUCAACUUGGAUCAACUAUAAUGUUGUUCCAAGAUCUCAGGGAAAAUUCAUUCUCACAGUUCCAGAGGAAAGUGAAUUGGUAAUUGUACUUCAACAACCUGACGAUAGAUAUUUUAGCGAUCUGCCAAAGUUCGAAUAUCAACUCAGCUUCCGUAUAUACGAAAAAGGAAAUAGUGUAUAUCUCAUCAGAAGCCGUCUGACGGUUCCAUACGGUCCUCGGAGCAUCAACCACGAGGUCAAGUUACCCGCUGGUACAUAUGAAAUCGUUCCUCGCUUAUAUCGCGAACCGAUCAUCGAAGUGGAAGAACACACUGAACCAGACGACCCUGCCAAUGAACAAAUUAGUCCUGAAAUGGAGGAAUUGAAACUGAUCUCCAAAAUGCGCAAGUUAAAUAGAGCCAAGGGGCUUGCGGAUGGGAGGGAUUUGAAUGAUGAUACAGACGAUGAAGAAGAGGAGAGAGAGGUUGAAGAUGAAUGGGAAAUAUCGCUUGGUCUCAGGGUGUAUUCAAAGAACGUAGGGUUGACUUUGGAAGGUGAUCCUGGAGAAUUCCCUGAUAGAGAAGAUGCGAAAAAAGAUGACGAGAAGAAAGAUGACGCAGAUCCGGAGGUUGAUACCAGAGCUACCGAAGACAACAUUGGUGGUGAAAAGAAUGAAGACGAGGAGUAUGCGUAA